GUUCAGCUAUAAAGAACAAACCAAUGUACGACUAACAAAUAGUGCAAUAAUUGAACUUGAUUCUUCGAAUAGAAUAUGUUUCGGUACUGUUAUAUUGCUCCAUUUGUACCGAAACGAACUGACCGAGUAAUAAUCAUGUAUGUACUGACCACUCGCGGCUCUUCGGGAGUCAUCAGCUUAAUCAGUUGUAAUCCGACUCGACACGGGGGAAGAUGAUAUGAAGUAGCGAAGUCGAGCCGUUGUCGUGAAACGACUUUGUAAAUUAAUAUAAAUAACAACGUAAAAUUGAUUUAAUAGAAAAAUUAUUAUCGCAAAAAAUAUGCACACAAAUAAAUUUAUAUGUAAUUGUCACGUGUAAUGUUUGUGACUGUGUUAUUUACGGUCGCAAAUUGAGUGAAUUACAUGUGAAAGAAAUACAGGAGUGUAUUAAUUUGAAAAUGGAAAGAAACUCAAUCAAAGAAACUUCCCUGUGCAAUGGCAGUGUUAAUAAUAAAUUUCGUGAAGAUGAUUUAUCAAGUGACGCACUACAAGAAACAUUAUCAUCAAAUACUCUUGUGUUUUAUGUGAAUGGAAAAUUGGUAUCUGAUAAGAAUAUAGAGCCAGAAUGGACACUUUUAUGGUAUCUCCGCAACAAACUUGGAUUAACUGGCACAAAACUUGGCUGCGCAGAAGGAGGCUGUGGAGCCUGCACAGUUAUGGUUUCAAGAUUUGAUCGCGCCACUGGCAAAAUUAUUCACCUAGCUGUUAAUGCAUGCUUAACACCCGUGUGUGCUAUGCACGGUCUAGCUGUAACCACCGUUGAGGGAAUUGGUAGCACAAAAACCAGGUUGCAUCCAGUGCAGGAACGCAUUGCCAAGGCACACGGAUCACAAUGUGGAUUUUGCACACCCGGUAUAGUCAUGUCUAUGUACGCACUGUUACGUAGCAUACCAAAACCAACGAUGACGAAUUUAGAAAUUGCAUUUCAAGGUAAUCUGUGCAGAUGCACAGGAUACAGACCGAUUAUAGAGGGAUUCAAGACUUUUACAGAAGAGUGGGAACAAUCACAAUUAAUGGCUAAUGUGGGAAAAGAAGAAACGAGCGAUGGCAGAGCUUGCUCAAUGGGUAAUGCCUGCUGCAAGCUGAGAGCUUUCACAUCGGAGCCAACAGAGAUAUUCAACUCCAAAGAAUUCUGUCCAUAUGAUCCUACUCAGGAACCAAUAUUCCCACCAAAACUAAAGAUUGAAUCUAAACUAGAUGAGCAAUAUUUGGUGGUGAAAGGAAGAAAUGUCAGUUGGUACAGGCCAACGAAUUUCAAAACCCUGCUUUCCCUGAAAGAACGAUAUCCAAAUGCUAAAAUUAUUAUCGGCAACACAGAAAUUGGAGUUGAAGUAAAAUUUAAAAAUUUAGUAUAUCCAGUACUUAUACAACCAACACAGAUACGAGAAAUGCGUGAAAUUAUCGAGACACAAGAGGCAUUGAAAGUGGGUGCAAGUGUGACUUUGGCUGAUCUUGAGGAAGCAUUAAGACAUCAUGUUAAAAUAAAGCCUGAGCACAGCACAAAGAUCUUCACAGAAAUUAUAAACAUGCUGCAUUGGUUUGCUGGAAAGCAGAUAAGAAAUGUUGCUGCUGUAGGUGGCAAUAUAAUGACUGGCAGCCCGAUAUCAGAUCUAAACCCCAUUUUUAUGGCUGCGAAUAUUAAGUUAAAUUUAUGUAGCUCAAAGCACGGAAGUAGAACAAUACUAAUGGAUCACAACUUCUUUACUGGAUAUCGCCGUAACGUUGUCUUACCCGAAGAAGUAUUAGUUUCCAUUGAGAUUCCCUUCACAAAAGAGAAUCAAUAUUUUAUUGCCUACAAGCAAGCAAAGAGGCGGGACGAUGACAUCGCCAUAGUCAAUAUGGCCCUAAAUGUAUAUUUCACUCCUAAUACAAAUGUAAUUCAGAAAGCAUAUAUCGCGUUCGGUGGCAUGGCGCCUACCACUAUCUUAGCAAGACAGACAUGCCAGAAAAUAGUUGGAAGAAAAUGGACUGAAUCGAUCUUGGAAGAAGCUUACGAUUCUUUACUCGAAGAACUGCCAUUAGCGGGCAAUGCACCGGGUGGAAUGAUUAAAUAUCGCCGAUCUCUUACUCUCAGUUUAUUCUUUAAAGGAUUUGUGCAUAUUUAUAAAAAGUUAUCAACCUGCGUUUCGGAUAUAGAAUUCUUGCCAAACGAACUAAACAGCGUAUCAGACUGCUUCCAUUAUAAAGCGCCGAAAAGCUCGCAAUAUUAUCAAGUGAUACCCAAAGAUCAAGAAGCGCGUGAUCUAAUAGGACGUCCUAUCGUGCACGUGAGUGCGUUCAAGCAAGCAACAGGAGAAGCAGUGUAUUGCGACGAUAUGCCCAAAUUUAGAGAAGAAUUAUACUUGGCAUUAGUUUUGUCCACUAGAGCGCAUGCAAAAAUUUUGAGAAUUGAUCCUACCAAGGUACUGUCCAAGGAAGGAGUUGUAUCAUUUUUCUCUUCAAAAGAUAUAGCGGAAGACAGAAGAUGGGUGGGCCCUGUGUUUCACGAUGAAGAAGUUUUUGUAUCGGAAAAGGUUACCAGCCAAGGUCAAAUAAUUGGCGCCAUUGUUGCCACCGAUCAAAUUAUCGCUCAGGCUGCGGCAAAGAUGGUUGAAGUAGAAUACGAAAAUAUAGAACCUGUUAUCAUAUCUAUCGAGGACGCCAUCGAGCACAAAUCAUACUUCCCUGGUUUUCCUAGACGUAUCGUUAAAGGUGAUGUGGAAAAAGCUUUUGCAGAAGCGGAUCAUGUUUUACAAGGAGAAGCACGCAUAGGCGGGCAAGAACACUUUUAUUUGGAGACGAAUGCCACUAUUGCUAUACCUCGUGAAGAAAACGAGUUGGAAGUGUUUUGUUCCACGCAACAUCCUUCCGAGAUACAAAAGCUGAUCGCUCACGUUUUAAAUAUACACAUCAAUAGAGUUAAUGUUCGUGUAAAACGUAUAGGCGGUGGAUUCGGUGGGAAAGAAUCCCGCGCAGCAUUGCUUGCGAUACCAGUGGCAUUUGCGGCACACAAAUUGCAGAAACCAGUUCGUUGCAUGCUAGACAGAGAUGAAGACAUGAUGAUAAGUGGAACACGGCAUCCAUUUUUAUUCAAAUACGAAGUUGGAUUUAAUAAAGACGGUGUCAUUAAAGUGGCGAAAAUAUUUGUGUACAAUAAUGCAGGCUACUCUCAUGAUUUAUCAGUAUCGGUGUUGGAUCGCGCCAUGUUCCACGUUGAGAAUUCAUAUAAAAUUCCAGUGUUAGAAGUUAUCGGAUUUAUGUGUAAAACAAAUUUACCAUCAAACACAGCUUUUCGAGGGUUUGGUGGACCGCAAGGAAUGUUUGUGGCCGAAAAUAUCAUUCGGCACAUCGCUGAUUAUUUGAAGCUGGAUGUUGUCAAGCUGUCCGAAAUAAAUUUAUAUAAGGAAGGCGACUUAACGCACUACAACCAACAACUCGUCGAUUGUACUCUGGAUCGCUGCUGGCGCGAAUGUCUAGAAUCUUCCCACUAUAAUGAAAGACUAAUCGAGAUUCAGAGUUAUAACAGGCAAAAUCGAUUUAAAAAGAAAGGUAUCGCAGUUGUGCCUACAAAGUUCGGUAUAGCAUUCACUGCAUUGGUUUUAAAUCAAGCGGGCGCACUAGUGCACAUUUAUACCGACGGUUCAGUGCUAAUUAGUCACAGUGGCGUUGAGAUGGGACAAGGUCUACAUACAAAAAUGAUUCAAGUUGCUAGCAGAGUACUAAAGGUAAACCCGGACAAAAUACAUAUCGUCGAAACCGCAACCGAUAAAGUCCCUAAUACAUCUGCUACCGCAGCCAGCUGCGGAUCCGAUCUCAAUGGCAUGGCGAUUAUGCAAGCAUGCGAAGCACUUAUGAAACGAUUACAACCGAUAAUGGACAGCAAUCCGGAAUGUACUUGGGAAGAUUGGAUAAAGGCAGCAUAUUCUCAAAGAAUAAGCUUAUCCGCUACCGGCUUUUAUCAAACGCCCAACAUCGGAUAUUCUUUCGAAACUAAUACGGGAAACCCGUUCAAUUAUUUUACGUACGGCGUUGCUGUUACGGAGGUUGAAAUUGAUUGUCUUACUGGCGAUCACGAGGUUUUACGAACAGACAUCGUUAUGGAUUUGGGAGAGAGUUUAAAUCCAGCCAUCGACAUAGGGCAAGUCGAAGGUGCCUUCGUUCAAGGAUACGGUUUAUUCACAUUAGAGGAAAUAAUUUACUCACCAACGGGAACUUUAUUCAGUAGAGGGCCUGGCGCGUAUAAGUUGCCGGGUUUCACCGACAUACCUCAAGAAUUUAAUGUUUCACUGUUAAAAGGAGCUUCCAAUCCCAGAGCAGUAUAUUCUUCUAAGGCCGUCGGCGAACCACCACUAUUUUUAUCAUCAUCUACAUUUUUCGCUAUCAAGGAAGCAAUUAAAGCUGCACGUUUAGAAAUGAACAUUCAUGAUUAUUUUAGACUUGAUGCUCCUGCGUCUGCUGCACGUAUACGUGAUGCUUGCAUAGAUAAUUUGACACUAAAGAUUAAAGAGCCUAAUUUAAAGCAACAAUGGAAUAUGGUGCCGUAAUUCUUAAUAAGGUCACGUUAGUGUUCAUAUUUUUCAAGUAUUCAUAGUUUUUAUAUUAAAGAUGAAAAAAUCUAAAAUGUUUAUAUAUUAUUAUUAAAUGUUUAUAUACAAUUUAAAUAUCGGUAUAUAUGUUAAUAAAAUGUAAAAAUUUU